AAUUAAAUAUUAUAAUGACAAGUAUUAUUUUCAAGGGCACAGGCCAAAUAUGUGACAAUUUGAUGUUCAUGUGAUGAUAGAUAUAUUGAUAAUUCUAAGCAGUUCUGUUCAUUAAUCUUAAAAUCACUGAAAAUGUUAACUUGUGAUCUGAACAAUAUCAUUAAUUCACUAAGUAAACUGUAAUACUAGCUAGCCCCAGGCAUUAGCCCAAGUGGUUUUCAGAGGGCACUUGGGUGUCAGGAAUGUGAGGUCUUAGGUCCAAGUCUAUGGAGAGAGAAGCUACGUUAUAAUCUUACUAAGUUCUUAACGUCAUACCGUUGGCAAAAAAUAAAAAUGACACUGUAUCUGUAAUACUAGCCUGUUUGGUUGUUUUCUUUUUCUUUUUUUAUUUUUGGUUCUUGAUUUUGUGUUACAGAAAUGAAACAAUGAAAAGUUCGAAAACACCCACUGAUAUCAUUUUUAUUGUUGUAUGAAUCAAUUUUUGAAAAUUCAAAAAUAACUUUUUAGUGUUUCCUAAAAAGGGUUAAUUUUAAAUAAUAAAAAAUUCCUGAAAAAAGCUUUCAGAAGCAGCUCGCCAAACAAGCUUUGUAUUUUUCGAAAAACAAUACAGAAAACAAAAAUAAAAAAGAAAACAAAAGCAAACAAGCUGCAUGGUUAAUGAGGUAAGUGUGGACACUAGUGGUACAUAUAUGCCAGUGUUCCUCUAUAAAUCCAGACUAGUUCUGUGUUUACAUGGUGGAAACUAGCAGGUAUGGCAGAAAAAGUAGGAGAGAUCGAUCAGAAGAUAGAAAGCAAUGAAAGAUUAAAGAGCAAGUGUAAGGGAAGUGUACAGACAAUACUGCUCGGUUCCUUACGCACAGUUUUGAAGCACUCAGAUGGGUUGGACAUGUUGUUGAUGGCACUGGGAACAAUUGGAUGUGUUGCGGAUGGAGCAUGCAUGUCUGCAAUCAUGCUAGUUCUAGCCAACCUCAUGAAUGGUUAUGCUGCUGCUACUUCUCUCACUCCCAAAGUCAUAAAUACGUAUGCUCUGUCUUUGCUCUACGUUGCUAUCGGUGUGGGUAUCGGUGGAUUUCUAGAAGGAUUCUGUUGGGCACGCACUGCAGAACGGCAAACAUCACGUCUACGCACUAGAUAUUUGCAAGCCGUCCUACGACAAGAAGUUGGGUUCUUCGACACAUUUCAAGGAGCUUCCAUGACAUCCCAAGUGGUUACCAGUAUUACAACCGGCAAACUUGUCAUACAAGGAGUUCUUAGCGAAAAGGUCCUUUAACUUCAAUACAUCUCACUUCAAAAUAGAGUUAAACUAUUU